AACGUCAGCUAUUCGUUCAAACCAAGAUGGCAGCCUCCUUAUAGGUAUGGAAGUACCAUAAUCUUGAUUACUCUUAUUGCUGAUAGUGCAGCUUUGUAGUGAAAAUGUGACCUUUACACUGUUAACUAUGAAAAAUUCUGGCAGCUGUGGUGGCUCCCAUAAAGUGCCAAUGGAUUUCGGAAAGGCGUACACCUAAUCGCCGCGAAUGACGGCUGUUCGCCUUUGUCGAGGCCGAACAUUGGCCUUUGUGCUGGGAGCCAAUCUCUUGUUCGUUGGGCUCCUGAUCGCUCUGACGGGGAGUCGCGGUCCUACCAGCGACCCAGACAAUACACUUGCUGGCGCCGGAAGCAGUAACGUCGCAGGGGGUGCCCAAGGGACUGCGGUAGAAGGAUCGGCCUGGUCUGUGUACAGACUGCCGCGGUCAACGCCAGCCAUCCUAAAAGCCAAGUACUUCAAGCUGAUCGAAGGCAAAUACUGCAGCUUUCUGAAUUCUGAUCCGUCCCGUUCACUGAUAUACAAACACUGUGUUUGUCGGACUGGGUUCUUUGGUGCCGACUGUGGGGUACCGCAUUUUUUCUGGUCGCAGCUGUUACACAAUGGAACGAAACCAAUGAUACUGACACGACUUCAAGAACCUCGUCGCGUGAUCGAGUUCAAGUUCUAUGAAAACUCAUCUCCAGGUUCAUCAGCUACUUCCACAAGCUCCGUCUCCCCUGGAGUUACUAUUUCAUCAGACAAUUUUUCUAGUAGCAGCAGCAACAGCAGCAACGGUUCAUCUUCGCUUGUGCAGAAUAGGACUGUAUGCUACAAUAGUACCGUGAUGAACUCGACAACGGACGCGUUUGGCUUUUAUCGAGAACAACCUGAUUUACAAGUGUACACAGGACCAAGUCAGGCAAAUUUUUCCUGUUCAUCACCCCGCAUUACGGCAUUUUCCUGUCCGACGCUACUUUGCUGUUGGAACCGAUUUUGGAUGCAAGCAUCGGAGUUGUCGUUUACCGAUCUAGUAGUUCUAGAUAUAGGUGAACCGUCCAUAGGGUCUUCUCUACCCGGUGAAGUGUUAGACUUUCUGAAGUUUUAUGAAGGCUACCCUGAGGUUUUGUUGAUUCGACGCGGCCCGUCAGUUUCACUCGUGGCUAGUUUCAAUUCGGUGGCAGUUGAGUGUAAUUUUGAUGUCAAAUGCAUAGCGUCGUGCGAAAGUUCCAAGUUCCAGGUGAUCAGUCUCGAUCUCUGAGCGGAGAACUCAAUCGUGCACGACACCGUCCCACCUCGGCCGAGGGGCCGGUGGCCAUUAUCGAAUAGCGAAGACAUGUAAAAGAAGGGAGAAAAUACCCGUCUGUUACCUAGAAAUUAUAGAAAUUAAAAGAAUGUUUAAACUGAACGUCCAGUAAUGGCUGCGCAAAUGACGGACGAUGAAAGCGUGCCAUUCGAACGCGUAGAAGGUUAAAAAUAGGUAUAACGUUAAAUGUAUUAUAUAUCAUGCAGAGAAUAACGACUCGAGAAAAAGGGUCGAAUCAGCGCAGCCAAGAUGUCGCCCAUGGUUAUAUUUGACAGAUAAUGCAGCAAAUAUUCAGAAAGUUAUAUGGGUAACACGACUUAUGUAGAAUUUCAAAGAAUCAGUGGGAGGUUGGGACGAUUUAUUAAAAGUUUUUUGAAGAUAAAUCAAAUAGUCUAUAUCGGGGAUUAAUUAAAGUAGCAAAAUUACAAGUAUAAGACAAAUAUUAUCAAGAAGUUUUUAUAAUAUUAAGUCUGCGUGAGCAUGACUAUAGGAUAAGCUACUAUUUUGAUAUUGGGUCGAAGCUAAUCCAUCCCUUACAAAUUUCAAUGAUCCUCUAAUCUUGGCAAGAUAGCGGGAUUUCAAAUGAUUGCAGGAUACGGGUAAGUAUGGUAAACGCAUGUGAGGGCUCGUUAUCUGCGUCAGAGGAGACUGUUAGCUAGCUACUGGUCUACUAUCAGGGUACGUUGGAUAUAUAGAAGAAAUAGAAAAACUGAAUAAUCAAGAAAACUAUUGCAAAAUGAGGGUUCUAAUUGCAGCUAGGUUAUGCGAGGCGGACUUUUAUAUUAGCAUGUACUUUUACAUUUGUACGUUUCUAUUUUUGUCUAGAAUAAAUAACAGGUGAGGCGAAUGUAUAUUUGUCUAGCACUGAGUAAGAGUCUGACAAACAAAAUUGUUACAGUAAAUAUUUUUUGUACGUUGACUGAAACGCAUUCUGUCGGCAGUAUCAAACAAACAUUUUUAACCGCGCAUUAUGACAAUAAGAAACUAAUUACCAUCACAAAUUUCACAACGAUAUCUAAAAUUUUCAUUAAUAAUACCUUGACUAUUACGCAUUUCAGUACCAACCACCAGUCUCACCCAAAUCUUAAAACUAUUUUUACAUUUGUAGAGAUUCACCUUAUUGUCUGUGAUUGUUCGUCAGUGCUGAAACACAAGGUAGUCAAAGGUUCGUUUAUAUGUGUAAGGACCCUAUACAAGCUAAAGGAUAUAGCAUAUGGGCAACGAAGCCUUGGCUCAGGCUUUAGGUAAGCUGAACCUUUGCGCAGUAGCAUCAACUGUGAGGCGCAAAUGAAGGUAGCUUAGGCGAUUAAACAUCGCCUUUUUUAAAGUCUAACGAUGCGAGAAAGUAGCGAGGAGCCAAAGGAGUGUUUCGAAAAAGAUACGAUUACAGCCUUACAGGAGCAAUAAUGCAUAGUAUCCUCGUUUGCAUCAGUAAAAUCCGAGCUGACUCGAUAAUUUUAUACUACACAAAUUAUGCAUUCCCAUCCGCUCCUCACCGAUUGCCAUUAUAUCCCACAUGGCAAUUUUCUCUAGGAUGUAGGAAUCUGAAUAGGAAGAGCGAUAGACGUUAGUUAGCUUCUUAAUAAUGGCGUGGGUCGAUGUAGGUGGUGCAACAUUCGCGCUGGAAUUCUUUCGAAAAUUAGGCGGGCUGCAUCUGAAUGGCUAACUGUUGGUCCACAACGAAUACGCAACGCGCUAGUACCUUGAGCAGCCGCUGUGCUCCGUAAAUCACUGAAGAGCCCCCCGUCGACACCCUUUCCACUCAUUUUCUCCCUGUGUUAACACAAACGGGUAUGCAUUUAACGGGCAGACUGGGAUCCAGAACCUCGAAAGUUGUUAUUAAAGUGUACCGUGUGCAACAUGCCAAUUAGAAUCCGAGGCACAGUCAUCUACCUGCAAGUCAAUUUUGUCUAGUCGAAAGGUUGAAGCAAUUCUGAAAGAAUUAUCUAUCUGAAAUAUGUAUGAAUAAGAAACGGCAGGGCGUGAGCGCAACAGUAUAUAUUUGAAGAGAGAUGUCGACUGUACUUGGCUGUCUAUGUGUACAACUUCGUGUAAGGCUUAAUUAAAAUUUGCAAGGGAGAAUUCUCGAAUAUUUAAAGUAUUGGAUGGCGCCAAAACACAGUAACGCGGAACUGGGAUAAAUUAACGAGAGCUUCUAUGUUCAAGUCGACUAAUUAAAAUAAUUUGAAAAACAUUUUUAGUUAUUUCAGCUAAAUUCAUAGCUGAACUACAAAAGUUUUUAUAAUACAAGGCUAAUUUGUGGAUUCUCCACCACUCAGAUCCACGAGGAGUCACUUUUCGCGUAGCACAAACAUCGAUGACGAACACUUUGCUCGUUAAUCGAUAGCAGGACCCGCAGUAGAAUAUCAAGAAAUUUUUUGGUACUGCAGCCAGGCCUAGUGCUAGGCUUGUCUUCUGUGUGACAUCGGAUUAAUUAUACUUGGGCACAGUUGACCCUUUGUUAUUUAGGGUAAAUUAUAUUGGCAACAGCAUAACAAUGGCAAAGUAUCCCUUUCUCCCCUACUGGAAUUACAAAAAAUCAUUCAAUUAGUUGAUUAUCUAGCAUAUGGUCAAAGAACGUAAAACAAAAAAAAAA